AUGAUUUCUAAGAGACAGAAAUGCUUGUCGCUGUUCGGAAAAGAUUCUCAGCAGUUCCGUUACUGGCGUAACAAAGUCCAAGUGCAUAUUAAGGACUGCAAACAAAGAUUCUACAACGCCAAGGUCGCAACACUUAAACAGUCCAACCCUGGAAGGUGGUGGAGGGAGGUCAAGUCACUGUCAGGGAUGUCUCGAAAUGACAAUCAAUGGUUCAACCAGUUAAUUGACGGGACUAACAUUGUCACCAUCCAACAGUUAUGUGAAAAUAUUAACACCUUUUUCACAGGGCUUACGUCUGAGUUCGCCCCCUUGUCUACUAACGACGUCGACGCGAUAUCUGUCACUGAGAUUCCCGACGAUCUAUUUGUUAUCCCGCGGGAAGCUACUGCAGCACUACGUUCCAUCAAGCUAAGGAAGGCUCUCGGCCCGGACGGGAUCCCCAACAAGGUGUGGUCCCUAGUUGCUUUCGAACUUGCAACUGUUGUCGCCGAGUUGUAUAACUCUUCCCUCCGUCAAGGUCGCAUACCCUGGCUCUUGAAAUGCGCAGCUGUCAACCCUAUUCCUAAAGAGCGUCCUGCCUCAGUCAUCGAAAACCAUAUUCGCCCAAUCUCUUUGACCUGA